GCUGUCAGCACCUUCCUUGCUGGCAUCGCAAAGUGGCGGAGAAAGUUACCGUCUUGAAUGCGCGACUGUUCCUUUGAGUGAAAGUAAGAGCAGCCCGCAAAGCUCGUCGGAAGCACCAUGGUGAACCCGAAGCGUAUCACCAAGGAACUAGCUGACCUACAGAACGAGCCAGUGGACAAUGUUGUCAUAGAGCCCAAUGAGGACAACAUCUACCGGUGGACGGCCAUCGUCUCCGGGCCUUCGGGAACUCCUUAUGAGGGCGGCAAGUUCAAUUUACAACUCGAUUUCCCCAUCGAAUAUCCCUUUAAAGCUCCCAAGGUCAAGUUCAACACCAAGAUCUACCACCCGAAUGUUGACGAUAACGGAAACAUGUGCGUUGGCAUCGUCAAGAGCGAAGCGUGGAAGCCAAGCACCAAGGCCCAAACUAUCAUUCUUUCGAUCCUGCAAUUACUACAAGAGCCAAAUCCGGACGAUGCCCUCGUUGCGUCGAUAGCCGAAGAAUACAACAAGAACCGCAUCCUGUUCGAUAAGAACGCUGCAGAGUGGACUCAGAAGUACGCCAAAUGAGGCGUGUGCCACACAAAAUCGCACAGGUAACAGUGGAAUGGAUGAUGUCACCCUGCCUUUGCACACGCCAAUCAUUAUGUAUCAUACAGCAAUUGUCUCGUCCCGAUCCUGUCGCAUUGCGCCCGCC